CAGCAGUUCAUGUGUCACUAUGACCGUACCUUACCCAUGUAUAGUGUGAAGUCCUUCUCCUGUUAAGGUUUCUUGGAGAAUAAUCUAACUGGAUGGAAGCUGUUCGGGACUCGAAUAGAGUCCGAAAGCCCGAGAUGAUGUAACGAGCAGCAAGUCUGAUCAGCAAUCUACCUAUACUAACUAGUAAAGAUGGAAGUAACUAUAUGGUUUCUCUUUUUCAUAUUUCGCAGCUAUAAGUCAACAUAUAUACGUACAUGAAAGAAAGUGAACAUCCUCAGCUCGCAUACCCAUACUAUACAUCUGUGACAUCAUCUUGUCAAGAUCCUUACCAAGAACGCAGAUAUCCCGAACAGACUAUCACCAAUCUUAAAAAAGAUCUUUGACCAUGACCGCAGUUCUAAUCACAGGCGCAACAGGCAAACAAGGAGGGUCUGUCAUUAAGAAUCUCGUCGCCCGCAAUGCUCCCUUUGAGAUCUUGGCUUUGACGCGAAAUUCCGCAUCCCCAUCGUCUCAGCGACUCGCCAAGCUGUCUUCCAGGAUCAUAUUAAUCGAAGGGAACUUAGACAAUCCCGCGGAGAUCUUCCAAAGUGCUCGUCUCUUGACCACAUCUCGUAUAUGGGGAGUUUUCAGCGUCCUGGUGGCAAUUGGCAACACUUCCAACGAAGAACAGCAAGGAAAGGGUCUCAUUGACGAGUCCCUCAGACAAGGUGUCCAGUUCUUCAUAUAUAGCUCUGUCGACCGCGGUGGUGAAGAAGCCUCGUUCAAUAAUCCGACCAAUGUCCCGCACUUUAUCCACAAGCAUAACAUCGAGCACCAUCUUGUGGAUAGGGCCGAGGAUAGCAACAUGGACUGGACAAUUUUACGCCCAACGGCGUUCUUUGACAAUUUAGUUCCAGGAUUUUACGGUAAGGCGUUUGCAACCAGCUGGCAGGUCUCUUUGAAGGACAAGCCCCUCCAGCUAGUCGCGACUAGUGAUAUUGGAUAUUUUGGCGCAGACGCCUUCCUCAAACCGGAAGAAUACAAGGGGAAAGGCGUCUCGUUGGCUGGCGAUGAAUUGACUUAUGACGAGAUGGCUCAUAUCUUCCAGGAGAAGACUGGACAACCUGUGCCCACGACCUUCCGCUUUUUGUGUUCUAUUUUCCUGGCUUCGAUGAAGGAUUUUGGCUAUAUGUUCAAGUGGUUCCACGAUGAAGGCUACAAGGCCAACAUUCCCAAACUCAGAGAGACAUAUCCGGAAUUGAAAGACUUUGGAUCCUGGCUUGAGAAGGAAAGCCAGUUUAUGAAGCGCUAGGAGGGAACAAGGCGUACGCAUUUUGUGUCCGUAUCAGUGUUUUAUUA